UCCUUCACUCCCUUUCUUUCUUUCUUAAUUUUUUUCUGCCUCCCUCCUCCUUCUUUCUUAUCCGGCCAUCUGGCUCUCACGGUCCAGAAGGAAGAGUUCUCGCUCUGGGUUUCUCCGUCCGCACUCAUGCCUCGUUUGAUGAAACUGUUCUUUCUCGUCCUCCUCGUCUUAUUCGUCUUCGUUUCACCUUCCGAAGCGAAAAAGAAGACGAAGCAGAAGUCCGGCGAGGACAAAAUCCUCAGCUCCGGAGACCUGAGCACUAAAAAUGGCGACCGCUGCACCUGGCAAACUCGAGAGGGCAAAAACAACAUGGUGCUCCAGAUCAAAUGCUCCACCCACUCAGAGGAGGCGGUGCUCGAGUCCACCAAUUACGAGUGCGAGUUUAAGGGAAAACCGAACGAAUGCCCCGCCUACGUAGACAAACCCACGCAAUACUGGAAGCAGGUUUUAGGGAAGCUGAAAAGGCAAUCGAGCUGCAAAGGAAUAAAAGUGCUGAAGGCCAACAUGUGCAAAAACGCCCCAAACACCUCCCACAUGAAGCUGGUGAGGGACAAGGAGGAGAAGAAAGACGAGGAGCUUAUGAUGAGAGACGAAGGGAUGUCGGACGGAGAAGCGGAAACGGAGAGCUACUGUGCGGAAGGAUGGGAUCCCUUCUGCCACUUCUUCACCAAGCUCCUGUAAAAAAAUAUUAACCUUCUGGGAAAAUAAAUGUUACAAGAUAAUUCACGUUAAAUAUAUUAACUCGCACUGACACGUCACUGUGUAACACGUUCACACAAUCAGAAUUCACUACUGUGAGGAAAACCGUCAGCUGCAAGCUGCUGAGGAAAAACUAGCGCUAAAUAUUAGCAUUAAAUUACAGCUGAGGAUUAGCAAGAACAUUUCUGUCACUCUUUUUAAAAAUGCUAAUCAUAAAUCUUCCCACUUCCUGUUGUUGUUGUUGAUGAUGUUGUCUGCUUUUUUUUUUAUUUCACCUCGUAUAUUUGACAGAAACUAGCCUCUGUCCUAAAUGCUAGUCAUGCCUAAUUAGCGUUGUAUUUUAGGAGAAUGCUAGCACACAGAGCCCAUUCCAACAAAACUUCCUGAUAGUCAAAUGCUCAUAUGAAGUUAUUCUCAGUUGCAGAGUGAUCAUGUUUUUACCCACAAUGCACCAAGAGUGUUAGUUCAUUUUAAUUAAAAUGAUUAAAGUGAAUAAAAUGAAGAAAAACACACAAAAAAGCUAGCUAAAUUUACUUUAAGAUAGCAACUGAGCUGAUGUGUUUAGCGUCCCAGUAUCUUCUAUCAGGAUUUAGCUAAGUGUGCUGAUUUAAGUAGUACGCUAAUCAUGCGUGCUAAUCGCUAAUUAGCACAGCAGCUAACAGGUUACAUUAGCACAAAGUACAAAGCUUUUUUAGCGCUCUUUUGUUUGUAUUAAUGUUAAUAGCAGCUUUUUAGUUGCACGCUAGCAUUUAGGAUACAGCGCUAAGCUAACAACUUUGGAAGAGGAAGUUAGAAUGCUACGCAGUCUUAUAUAAUUAGCAUGGCUUAGCUUAGCAUAGCAUUACUGGUGUGAUUUCAUUGUAUAUGUAGUGUUUUGACUAAACAAUUUAUUUCAGCUUUGUAAAUCUUUUCUAAUGGUCAAUAAACUCAGUAUUCGUGUUUAA